CUCAAAAAUGCCGAAAGAAGAACGUUUCAAGGGUGUUGAAAACUUUAUACCAAAAUGUAUAUAUUGUGAUGCAUCUAAUACCGUUGAAUGCUUAAGUCCACAAAAGGAAGGGGUAGUUAAAUGUAGUGGAUGUAACAAUAUUAUCCCUUUUGCUUCGAUCUUGACACAACUAACUUUCAAAGUUCGGACACAUGUUAAAAAAUAUUAUAAUGGUUUGAGAAUAUGUGAUGAACAAAGUUGUUUGUAUAAAACUAGACAAAUCACUUAUUCAAAGAAUUGUAUUAAUCGAGGAUGUAAUGGAAAGAUGAAAAUUGAGUACGACGAACAAAUGUUGUAUAUCCAGUUACUCUACUUAUCUCAAUUAUUUGAUAUGGAUAAAGCGCGAAAUAAUGGUGCUAAAAUUGUAAAUGAAGUCGCCAGAUUGAAAGGCUCAGUUGAUAAAUAUCUGGACCAAAAUGCAUUACGUUAUGUAAAUUUAGGAGAGUUAUUUGCUGUUGAUUAA